CCAUCAGAGUCUGCCUGGAGACGAGCAACAAGGCUCAUGUUUAUGCAGCCACAACUUCAGUGUUUGGUGUCCCCUCUUCCAUCCCCCCACCCCUUUCUCCAGAGUUUUCCCAGUUUUCCCAAGUUGCACAAAUAAAGGUGGGGGGGGGAGGCAGGAAAAAAUGCGCCAGAGUAAGCCUACACUCCCUUCCUUUCAAGGAUCCCUUGGAGGAAACGCUUCAGGAGAUCUCGACUGCCGGUCCAGCUUCGCCCCAGGAUGCCGCUGCUGGUGCCUUACCUGGUGCUUGCUUGGUUCUCCACCUGCUUGGCAGAUGUCCAUCAGCUGGAGGCAGACAAAAUAAUGAAUGCCACACCUGUGGUGGACGGUCACAACGAUCUGCCCUGGCAGUUGCUGACAAAAUUCAACAACCAGCUGUCUUUGAAGGAAGCCAAUUUGCACGAGCUUCAAGACACUCAUACCAAUAUCCCAAAGCUGCGUCUCGGACAUGUAGGAGCCCAGUUCUGGGCAGCCUAUGUGCCCUGCGACACCCAAAACAAAGACGCAGUGAGGCGAACUCUGGAGCAGAUCGAUGUUGUCCAUCGGAUGUGCCACCGAUAUCCAGAUGUCUUUAAGUGUGUUACUGACAGUGCAGGUAUCCAGAAGGCUUUUGACACUCACCACGUGGCCAGCCUAAUCGGUGUGGAGGGCGGCCAUUCCAUUGACAGCAGCUUGGCUGUGCUGCGCACCUUCUACCUGUUGGGCGUGCGCUACAUGACUCUCACCCACAGUUGCAACACUCCCUGGGCCGACAACUGGCUGGUAGAUACAGCUGAAGAGAAGCCUGUUCACAAUGGCUUGACAGAAUUUGGGAAGCGUGUGGUCCUGGAGAUGAACCGGUUGGGCAUGAUGGUGGAUUUGUCCCAUGUCUCUGUGGAGACGAUGAAGGCUGCCCUGAAGGUCUCCAGGGCCCCCGUGAUAUUCAGCCACUCCUCGGCCUAUGCCGUUUGCCCAAGCAGGCGGAAUGUACCAGACGAGGUGCUCCGCCAAGUGAAUGAGACACGCAGCCUUGUCAUGGUCAACUUCUACAAUGACUACAUUUCCUGCAGCAGCCAUGCCACUCUGGCCCAGGUAGCAGAUCACAUGGACUACAUAAAGCGCGUUGCUGGAGCAAAGGCUGUUGGCAUUGGAGGAGACUAUGACGGGGUGCCCAGAGUCCCUCAAGGCUUGGAGGAUGUCUCCAAAUACCCAGACUUAAUUGCUGAACUGCUGAGGAGGAAAUGGACAGAAGAGGAAGUGAAGGAUGCCCUGGCCAACAAUCUGUUGCGGGUCCUACAGGAAGUAGAGCAGGUGCGGAACAAGAUGAGUUCCAAUGGAGUUGCUCCCGAUGACACACCCAUUGCCUUCCAGGACCUGGAAAGAGGAUGUCGAACACACUACGGGUACUCCAACCAAGGGCACCACCCAAGAGCUUUGCCUGCCGUGCUCCCAGUACUGCUAUUGCUCUCCACGUUGACGCAAUAGAAGCCCCAGGAUCUCCUUCCUUGUAGACUAGGAGGAUCCUGCUAGGUUAGGAAAGAGGCAGCAUUUCUACAUCCAAUUCCUAUCACUUCAAAUUCUGUCCAAAUCUUGGACUAUUCUCUUAUUACCUCCAUUAACUUAUCGGCAGUUAUCAAAAUACCAUUUGUGCGUCUGUCACGGCUCCUCUCUCCCUAAUGUGGACCUCGGGGGAGAAGCAAGCCAGAUUCUGCUCUGAACUUUUCAAAGUAUUUGCUAGUCGCCGUCUUUGCUCUGCAGAUCC